AUGGAACUCACUGAUUCUACGAACGAGCAACUCGGAGAGACCAGGAGUGCCGGCCUCAAGGAAGAUAAUCGGUCCUUUCUCGGCAUCGAUCUCAACGAAAUCCCUACCGGCGCUACUCUCGGCGUUGGUUGCACCGGCGGUCAAGAUGAUGACGCAGAUUAUGAACCUGUCGAAGUUGUUAGGUCAAUUCACGAUAAUCCGGACCCAGCGCCUGGAGCGCCAGCGGAGGUUCCUGGACCGGAUCGGGAUGCCGCGUGUGGCGCGUGUGGAAGGCCGGAGUCGAUGGAGCUCGUAGUAGUUUGCGAUGCCUGUGAGAGAGGGUUUCACAUAUGCUGUGUUAACGACGGCGCGGAGGCGGCUCCUUCCGCCGAUUGGAUGUGCAGUGACUGUGUCACCGGCGGCGAGAGGAGCAAACUGUGGCCGUUGGGUGUGAAGUCCAAGCUCAUUCUGGACAUGAACGCCUCGCCGCCGAGUGAUGCGGAGGGAUACGGAGGCGAGGAGACGUCAGAUUCGAGAAAGCAUAUGCUGGCCAGCAGUUCUUGUAUGGGAAACUCUUUUGACUAUGCAAUGACGCAUUCAAGCUUUUUGAAUCCUGGUAGAGGACAUGCUAGUCUCGAAGCUUCAGGGAUAAUGCUUCGUAAUUCGAUAACGGGUGUGGAUGCAUUAGAUUCACACACUCUAGGUUUUGGCUUCCCGUUAAGCCUGAACAACAGUAGUUUGCCCAGUAGAUUUCCAUCCUUGGAUCCAAGUGAGCUGUUGCUGCAAAAUCUUAGGCAUUUCAUAUCCGAGAGGCAGGGAGUAUUGGAAGAUGGUUGGCGUGUCGAAUUUAAACAACCUUUAAAUGGCUACCAUCUAUGUGCAGUGUAUUGUGCUCCGAAUGGAAAAAGUUUUAGUUCAAUACAAGAUGUUGCCUGUUAUCUGGGCUUGGCAAUUAAUGGUAACUACAGCUGUAUGGAUACUGAAAUCAGGAAUGAGAGCUCUCCUCUUCACGAAAGACUGCAAAUGCCCAAGAGAAGAAAGACGUCAAGAUGGCCAAACAAUGGUUUCCCUGAGCAAAAGGGCAGUUCAGUGAGGCGUUUUCCAUUCAAUGGUCAGACGAUGCCCCCUUUUGCCAUUAAAUCUCUUUUUCAGGCUGGUGAAUCUCUUAGCUCUGCAAAUAAUGGAUGCGGCUGCGAGGAAGCUAAUGAAGGACUUCCGAUGCAGUUUGAAGAUUUCUUUGUUCUGUCGCUUGGAAGAAUUGACAUAAGACAGUCUUACCACAAUGUCAACAUGAUUUAUCCAAUAGGUUAUAAGUCCUGCUGGCAUGAUAAGAUCACGGGGUCUCUAUUCACGUGUGAAGUAUCUGAUGGCAGUUCUGGGCCUGUUUUCAAGGUUACACGGUCACCGUGCUCGAAAUCAUUUAUUCCAAUUGGAUCAACUGUCUUCUCCUGCCCAAAGAUUGAUGAGAUGGUGAAACAGAACAUUGUCAAACGAGAUGAUCAUACUCAAGAGCAUGAUGACCACAGUGUUGAGAUCCUUCUUGCAGAUCCCUGCCCACCUCUCGGAGAUGAUAUAUUGUCUUGUUUACGCGAGAAGAAUUUCUCCAAGUCAGUCAAUUGCCUGCGCUCAGAGGUUGGUUCUUCUCAAGUAGGCUUUGAUAAAAAUAUAUCCUAUAAUCAAGAGCACGAGUUUGAAAUAGGCAACAUUGUUGUGGAAGAAGAUUCAUUGUCUGUUGCAUGGAGAAAGGUGUCUGAAAAACUUGUCGACGCAUGUUCCAAUGUCCUGAAGCAGAAGGGUACAAUAAACUUCCUUUGCAAGCAUGUUGACAGAGAAACAAGGGAAACCAACUGGAAUAUGAUAAACGAAAAAGACAGUGUAAUUUUAUCGCUGUCAAGGUUUUGCAGCUCUUUUGCUCCUCACAGUGUUAGAUGUGGUGAAAGGGAUAAAAGCGAGAGUGCAACUCUAGUUGAUGCUCUGUCAAGUUGGCUGGAUCAAAGCAGAUUUGGACUUGAUGCAGAUUUUGUACAGGAAAUGAUUGAGCAUAUGCCUGAUGCCGAAUCUUGUUCAAAUUAUAGAUCUCUGAAGAGUAGAACUUCUUCUUCUGUUUCUGUAACUGUAGCAGCAGGAGCGCUAGUUGUCAAACCAAAAGGUGGGGGAAAUGUCAAGGAUGAAAUGUUCGGUGAGAUGUCUCGGAAAACUAAGAAACCUAAACUACAUGGUGGUCAAGGUGUCAGCAAUCCACACCCUCCUCCCGGGAGGCCUGUGUGUUUGAGGCUUCCUCCUGGGCUUGUUGGUGACUUCCUUCAGGUUUCUGAAGUGUUCUGGCGUUUCCAUGAAGUUUUGGGUUUGGAAGAGGCUUUCUCACCUGAGAAGCUGGAACAGGAGCUUAUCAAUCCAGUGUUUGAUGGCUUGUUUCUUGAAAAAUCUGGGAAAGACGUUAACAGAAGUGAGAUGAACUUUAGCGAUAAGGAUUGUACAGCUACUAGUAUUUGUUCUUUGUUCGAUGAAUCUCGCCAACCUUUUUCUUCGGAAAAUACCUCUGCUUCUGUACUAAAGGAGAUAAAAGCAGGGGAUUCUACUGAGUUUAACAUUUCAUAUUCCUCUCGUGGGCCGUGCUUGGGUACACUUCUAACAAGGACUCAUAUCUCGCUUCUGCAAGUGCUAAUAUGUGAGCUGCAAUCCAAGGUAGCUGCAUUUGUUGAUCCAAAUUUUGAUUCUGGAGAGCCGAGAUCCAGACGAGGACGGAGAAAGGAUGACAUCACACUCUCUGCUAAAAGAAAUAAGUUGCAUAUGCUUCCUGUUAACGAGUUCACUUGGCCUGAAUUGGCCCGUAGAUAUAUCUUGUCUGUUUUAUCAAUGGAUGGAAACCUGGAAUCAGCAGAUAUUGCUGCUCGUGAAAGUGGGAAGGUGUUCCGUUGCUUACAAGGGGAUGGUGGUUUGCUUUGCGGUUCACUUACAGGAGUGGCUGGGAUGGAAGCCGAUUCAAUGUUACUUGCAGAGGCUAUUAAAAAAAUAUUUGGUUCUUUGACAAGAGAAAAAGAUGUUCUUUUUGUGGAAGAUGAUGAUUCCGAUGGCGUUAUUGCUACGGAGACAACCGCUUGCAAUGGUGAUAUUCCAGAGUGGGCACAGGUUCUAGAACCUGUGAAAAAGCUUCCAACAAAUGUUGGGACUAGAAUCAGAAAGUGUGUCUACGAGGCUUUAGAGAGAAAUCCACCGGAAUGGGCAAAGAAGAUAUUGGAGCAUUCCAUCAGUAAAGAAGUAUAUAAAGGCAAUGCAUCAGGACCAACAAAGAAAGCUGUCCUCUCAUUGCUAGCGGAUGUUCGAGGUGGAGAUCUGGUGCAAAGGUCUGUAGGAACCAAAAAGAAGACGUCUAUUGGUGUAUCUGAUAUCAUUAUGAAGAAAUGCCGUGCUGUGUUGCGUGAUGUUGCAGCCGCAGACGAGGAUAAAGUAUUUUGCACUUUGCUGGGGAGAAAGUUGCUGAAUUCCAGUGAUAAUGAUGAUGACGGUCUCCUGGGAUCACCUGCAAUGGUUUCCCGUCCCUUAGACUUUAGAACUAUUGAUUUGAGGUUGGCUGCUGGUGCGUACGACGGGUCAACUGAAGCUUUUCUUGAGGAUGUUCUUGAGCUAUGGAGUGGUAUACGUGCUAUGUACGCGGAUCAGCCAGAUUGUGUAGAACUGGUUGACAUAUUGUCUGAAAAAUUUAAGUCAUUAUUCGAAGCUGAGGUUCUACCACUUGUUCAGAAACUUAUGGACUACAAGAAAUUCGAAUGCCUAAGUGCAGAGAUGAAGAAGGAAAUUAAGGACGUAAUUACUUCAAUAAAUAAACUCCCUAAGGCCCCGUGGGAUGAGGGGGUAUGUAAAGUAUGUGGCGUUGACAAAGAUGAUGACAGUGUUCUCUUGUGUGAUACAUGCGAUGCUGAGUAUCACACAUAUUGUUUGAAUCCACCUCUUAUCAGAAUUCCUGAUGGGAAUUGGUAUUGUCCAUCAUGUGUCAUUGCCAAGCGCAUGGCUCAAGAUGCUUUGGAAUCGUACAAGCUAGUUAGACGGCGGAAAGGCAAAAAGUAUCAGGGGGAACUUACCCGAGCUUCUAUGGAAACGAUUGCACACCUAGCAGGUGUGAUGGAAGUAAAAGACUACUGGGAGUUCAGUGCUGAGGAGAGAAUCCUGCUGCUUAAGCUUCUAUGCGAUGAAUUGCUUAGCUCAUCCCUUGUUCAUCAACACUUGGAGCAAUGUACCGAGGCUAUAAUUGAAAUGCAGCAGAAGUUGCGCUCUCUUUCCUCAGAAUGGAAAAACACGAAAAUGCGGGAAGAAUUUCUGACGGCUAAACUCGCAAAGGUUGAACCUAGUAUUCUGAAGGAAAUGGGCGAUCCACAAAAGUCAAGUAGCUUUCCAGACCACGUUGGAUGUAAUCAACAACCACAAGAGGGUGGUGGAGACAGGUUUACCCAUGAUGUUGACACUUCCUCUGCUGCAUUUCUUAACAAGAAUCAGGGGAAAGCUUCGCUUGAGACCGAUGCUCAAGCCGGAGAGUCGCUUGUUAUUUCCGAUGAGAGCAAGAUUUCCUCCCUGGAAAAAGCUACAUCCCCGGAGAGGCACGAGUUGCUGAUAGCAGAUGCUUCUCCUCAUGUAACGGAUGGUCUAUCUUGUGAAAACCACGAAUUGGAAUUGCAGACAGCUCAGGAUGCAACUUCUCUAGCUUCCCAGGAAUUGCAGGCUUGUCAACAGGAUUUGAAUACCACUAGUACUGAAAUAGAAAAUUUGCAACAAUCAAUCAGAAGCAUAGAAUCACAGCUUCUAAGGCAAUCUAUACGUAGAGACUUUCUGGGAAGUGAUGCUAGUGGUCGUUUAUACUGGGGUUGCUGCUUCCCAGAAGAACAUCCUCGUAUUUUGGUUGAUGGAAGCAUAUCUCUGCAGAAAUCUGCACAAGUUGAUUUGACAGGUUCGAAAGUCCCCUCCCCAUUUCUCCAUGCCGUUGACCAUGGAAGACUAAUGGUUUCCCCUUGGACAUAUUAUGAAACUGAAGCCGAGAUCACUGAGCUUGUCCAAUGGCUUCAUGAUGAUGACCUGAAAGAAAGAGACCUGAGAGAGUCUAUUUUGUGCUGGAAAAGGUUACGGUCUGGGGAUCUUCAAAAGGAAAUGAAACCAGCUCAGAAUUUUCCGUCUCCAAUAUCGGCUGGCGGUCUUGUGACCAAGGCUGCCAUGUCAAUGGAGAAGAGACACGGUCCAUGCAUCAAACUAGAAACCGAAACCUUAAAAAAACGGGGGAAGAAGACAAAGGUUGUAGAGCGAGAGAAACUGUGUAGAUGCGAAUGCUUGGAAUCCAUUUUGCCAUCCAAGAUUCACUGCCUUGUAUGCCACAAAACAUUCGCAAGUGAUGAUGAAUUUGAAGAGCACACUGAGAGUAAGUGUACUCUCUAUUCAUUAGCACCUGAGGAAGGCAAGGAAGUCCCUGAUUCUUCGAAAGCAAAAGAAAGUCUGAAACCCGAUUAUCUUAAUGUAAAGUCUGGCGCCGGCAAAGAUGUAGCUGACAUAUCCAAUGUUUCAGAGCUUGAUUCUGGGUUGAUAAGGUAUCAAGAGGAAGAAUCAAUUUCCCCAUACCAGUUUGAGGAGAUCUGUUCCAAGUUUCUGACAAAAGAUUCUAACAGAGAUUUGGUUAAAGAGAUCGGUCUGAUCGGUUCAAAUGGAACUCCAACAUUUCUUCCAUCGUCAUCCACUCAUCUUAACGACUCAAUGCUCAUCUCUACCAAUUCCAAUAAGCUAGAUGGUGGUGGUGAUUCAGGGGAUCAAGUCAUGUCUACUGGUUCUGGAGCCAAUGAUGAAAGCUUAAUUUCUGAAUCAAAUACGUCACUCGAUAGGUUUGUCACAAAUGAUCUUGGCGGUCCACUGGAUAAACCGAGCGGGCUGGGUUUUGGCUUCUCAGAGCAAAAGAAUAAGAAAGCUUCAGGUAGUGGGUUAAAAAGAAGCUGCUGUGUGGUUCCACAGGCUUCUUUGAAACGUAUAACCGGCAAAGCUUUGCCGGUUUUCAGGUUCCUUAAAACCAGCUUGCUUGAUAUGGAUGUGGCACUACCUGAAGAAGCUUUAAGAACAUCAAAAUCACAUCCAGACCGUAGACGAGCUUUGCGUGCGUAUGUAAAAUCGGCGCAAAGUAUUUACGAGUUGGUUCAGGCAGCAAUUGUGGUAGAAGACAUGAUUAAGACAGAGUACUUGAAAAAUGAAUGGUGGUACUGGUCUUCUCUUUCAGCGGCUGCUAAGAUAUCGACUCUCUCUGCGUUAUCCGUCCGCAUCUUCUCCCUGGAUGCAGCUAUUGUGUACGAUAAACCCGUGACGCAAUCUGAUCCCAUGGAUGAAACAAAGCCGAUCAGCUUACCAGAUAACAAGUCAGAACCUGUUUCAGAUCCACAAGAAAGAAGCAGCAGAGCAAACAGGAGAUCUGAUAUAGGCUGUAAGUUCUGGAUGUUGAGAUCUGGUUUGGUGGUUCACCAGGACAAGUUCGGUUUAGGAGUUUCUUGGAAUGGAAUGGAGCGGCGGUUUAAGGUGGUUCAACAGUUGGAUGAGCCGAGAGAGUAUGUGUACACUUAUGUAGAAGACUAA